UACACCUGAAAAUAGUUAUCAGAUCAUCAUGGCUGCUUCUGAAACUCCUGUAAUUACUAACCGUGCCGGCAACAAAGCUGAGAUAACGAAAUCUGUUACGCGAAGAUUCGUGGGCGUACGGCAAAGGCCGUCGGGGCGGUGGGUGGCGGAGAUCAAAGAUUCAUCUCAGCGCGUGCGGUUAUGGCUGGGGACUUACGACACGGCAGAAGAGGCAGCUCGCGCGUACGACGAAGCCGCAAGAGCCCUUCGUGGGGAGAAUGCUCGCACCAACUUUGGUUUACCCGCGCCGGCGAGUAGUCCUAUUUCAUCAGUCCACUCCGAUGAAUCCGGGUCGUCGUCGGACGGUAAGGUUGGACUGAGUUUUUCUUCGUUGAAAGCGAAACUGAGCAAGAAUCUGCAGAGUAUCAUGGCGCGGAGGAACUCCGAGCACAAGUCGUGUAAAAGUAGAGUGAGCGAUCACUUCACCUUCGCCAAUAUCUUCCACCUCAGGAACAGUUACAAACCCUGUUUGGGGCACAAUAAUUACCAGUUCCAGGCGGCGGUUGAUAUGAAGAAGAUGGAGAGAGCGGUGGUGCAGCCGAGCGUGGUGGUGCCGUCUGCGGCGGCGGCAUAUUAUUGUUCCUGGGAAACAUCCUCGUCUAGCAUGUCGGAUUGCAGCAGUAACGAGUGGAUGAUGGGUUUCGGGCGGCAGAACAAUAAUCUGGACUCCGAUGGAUCUGAGGCUAGUGAAGCCGCCGCCUUUCUCGGCGAACAAGAACAUCAGAUGAUGGGUGGGGGGGUGGGGUGGGGUAGUAGUCCGGACACCAUGAGCGGCGCUAGCAGUGGUGAAUUAGGUUCGAGGAGUAAGAGGUUCAAAGUGUCUUCAUCUGUACUUGUUCCUCCAACCUUUACACAAUCUCCUCCAUCUUCGCACCUGUGA